GUACCUGUCUGCCAUCCCGCAUUUCCUGAUGGGGCUGGUGGUGGUGCUGGGCGGGCAGCUGGCCGACACGCUCCGCUCACGGGGCUGGAGCACCACGGUGGUGCGCAAACUCUUCAACUGCGGAGGGUUCCUGUCUGAGGGCGUGUUUCUGCUGAUCGCUGCGGCCUGUAACGGCGGGCCGGGGGUCAUCGCGCUGCUUACUGUGGCUAUAACAGUCGCCGGCAUGGCCAUCUCAGGUUAUUCAGUUAACCACCUUGAUGUCGCUCCUCGGUACGCCAGUAUUCUCAUGGGACUAAGUAACUGUAUAGGAACGGUGGGAGGCAUGCUGAGUCCGCUGACUGUGGGGUGGCUCACUGCGGCUUACGGGUACCGAGGCUGGAGCUACGUGUUCCUGAUCGCCGGUCUGGUCCACAUAAACGGCGUCAUCUUCUACUUCUUCUUCGGCUCGGGCGACAAGCAGCCCUGGGCUGACCCGGAACCGGAAGAGGAGGGCGAUGUCGUCAUCUACACACGUGACCAGGAUGAGGAUGAGGAUGAAGUGGAGUUCCUGUGGGACUAUGAGCCGCACGACUUCCUGAGGUUGACACGGAGAGACAACUUUGUACAGCUGCCCGCUACAGAUGACUACUUAUAUGGAGGUGUCAAUCACAGAGAUUUUGAAUACUGACAGGGAAGUCUAUACCGUGCCCGCCGUCUC